AUGGCAGGAAGUCAUGACGAAAAAGUCCAGAGGAAGAAAACAAAAGAAGAAGAAGACCGUCGAGGCACUGUAAUUAACUUCCAGCGUUAUCUCCAUGGUGGAACCUCCAGCUUGCUGUCAACCCUUCCCACACUCAUUGUCUUCCCAGUCUACAAGACUAUAUUCCGUCAGCAAAUCCACAACACAGUGAUUCACCAGGCAGUGAGGCAGCUGUAUAAAGAGGGCCCUUUAAAGCUCUAUCGGGGUGUAGCUCCACCGUUAGUGAUGCGGACCCUCAAUGGUACGCUGCUCUUUGGGCUCCAGGACACAGUCCUACAACACCUGUCCCUGACAUCCCAAAACAUUAUCCCUGCUGCUGCCUUGCCUGCUGUGGCUGGGUUCUUUACAGGAAUCGUUGAAGCUGUAGUCUUUACCCCUUUUGAACGUGUUCAGAAUGUGUUGCAGAACAGCCGGAAUGAUCAGAAUGUACCUUCCUUAAAGAGUGUUCUUGUGCGCCUAAAAGGGCAAGGCAUGGCUUUGGGUUUCUACAGAGCCCUCCUGCCCAUCACAGCUCGCAAUGCGCUGGGCAGCUCACUCUACUUUGGCCUGAAAGAGCCAAUACGUGCCGUUGUGGCUGGGCAAGGGUUUUCUGCUCUGACCUCCUCCUUCAUCUCGGGAACGGUGAUAUCAAUGGCCACCAGCCUGACUCUGUUCCCUUUGUCUGUGCUGGUGGCAAACAUGCAGGCACAGGUGGGAGGAGAGGGGAAAGGUGCCGUCGCGUGUUGGAAGAUUCUGUUGAAGUCUCGGCAACAGAGCGUGAUACAUCUGUACCGAGGAGGUUCCCUGGUUGUUCUGAGGUCAUGCAUCACAUGGGGAAUCACCACUGCUAUUUAUGACAGGCAGGAGAAGAAACAAACAUCCUGA